UGACUGGAUUUUGCUUGUGAAAAGUAAUCAGUUUGUCGCUGGUGUAUUUGUUGUUGACGGUUAACCAUUUUAUUCCAACAGUUAAUCACAAUCAUUAUUUCAAUUUUUUGUUUCUCUCGGAGUAGAAGUAAUCAUUUUGCUUUCAUUUUAAUAUAAUUUAAUUUUUACAACAAGGAAUGGAGCAGCUCAUUCCGAUAGUAAACAAGCUGCAAGAUGCUUUUUCAACACUGGGUGUUAGUUAUGCUUUUGAUUUACCCCAAAUUGCUGUGGUUGGUGGUCAAUCAGCCGGUAAAUCAAGUGUCCUGGAGGCUUGUGUUGGACGAGAUUUUCUGCCCCGUGGGUCCGGUAUUGUCACCCGGCGUCCCUUGAUUCUUCAAUUGAUCCAUUCGAACAUGGAAUAUGGAGAGUUUCUUCAUUGUCGAGGCAAAAAAUUUACCGAUUUUGAUCAAAUCAGAAAAGAGAUUGAAGAUGAAACAGACCGAGCAACUGGAACCAAUAAAGGGAUCUCACCAGUACCAAUUAACCUUCGCGUAUACUCUCCUCAUGUUCUCAAUUUAACCCUAAUCGAUUUACCUGGAUUAACCAAAGUCCCGGUUGGUGAUCAACCAGCGGACAUUGAGACUCAAAUUCGGGAUAUGAUUUUACAAUUUAUUAAGAAAGAAACAUGUCUUAUUUUGGCUGUAACCGCAGCCAAUCAAGAUCUUGCUACUUCCGAUGCACUUAAAUUGGCUAAAGAAGUUGAUCCAGAAGGUUUACGAACAAUUGGUGUAAUCACUAAGCUCGAUUUGAUGGAUGAAGGUACUGAUGCUCGAGAUAUCUUGGAGAAUCGUUUGCUUCCUUUACGUCGAGGAUACAUCGGUGUUGUUAAUCGGAGUCAGAAAGAUAUUGAUGGUAAAAAAGAUAUUCGAGCAGCCAUGGAAGCGGAGAGAAAUUUUUUCCGAACCCACCCAGCAUACAGAGAUAUGGUUGACCGUUUGGGAACUCAGUAUUUACAAAAAGUUUUGAAUCAACAAUUGACUAAUCACAUUCGAGACACACUUCCAUCGCUUAGGGAUAAACUACAGAAGCAAUUUUUCCAGCUUGAAAAAGAAGUCGAAGAGUACAAAAAUUUUAGGCCCGAUGAUCCUACCCGUAAAACAAAAGCCAUGCUACAAAUGAUUCAACAGUUACAGAAUGACUUUGAACGUAACAUUGAAGGUAGCGGAUCAGCUGCCAUUAAUACUUCAGAACUUUCCGGUGGUGCAAGGAUAAAUCGACUUUUCCACGAACGAUUCCCUUUUGAGAUCGUUAAAAUGGAAUUUGACGAGAAAGAAUUGAGACGCGAAAUUGCCUAUGCUAUUCGAAACAUCCAUGGUAUUCGAGUAGGUCUUUUUACACCAGAUAUGGCUUUCGAGGCAAUUGUCAAAAAGCAAAUUGAAAGGUUGAAAGAACCUUCACUCAAAUGCGUUGAUUUAGUUAUCAUGGAGCUUGGUAAUGUUGUACGUAGGGUUACUGAACGAAUGAAGAAAUAUCCAAGACUCAGAGAGGAAACCGAACGAAUAAUUACUACUCAUGUAAGGGAACGUGAACAAAAGACCAAGGAGCAAUUGUUGUUAUUGGUAGAUGUCGAGUUGGCUUAUAUGAAUACCAAUCAUGAAGACUUCAUUGGCUUCACCAAUGCACAACAAACUGCUGACACUUCUAAUCCAAAGAGAAAACUUGGGAAUCAAGUAAGAGAAAUAAAUAAAAAUAUUGUUAUCCGCAAAGGUUACAUGUGUAUACACAAUCUUGGCAUAAUGAAAGGAGGUUCAAGAGAUUAUUGGUUUGUUUUAACAAGUGACAGCCUAUCCUGGUUUAAAGAUGAGGAAGAAAAGGACAAAAAGUAUAUGUUACCUUUGGAUGGUCUCAAACUUCGAGAUAUUGAAAGCGGUUUCAUGUCUCGAAGACAUACCUUCGCUCUUUUCAAUCCUGAUGGAAGAAAUGUCUACAAAGACUUCAAAUAUCUUGAAUUAUCCUGUGAAUCACAGGAGGAUGUUGAAUCAUGGAAAGCCUCUUUCCUCCGAGCUGGUGUAUAUCCCGAGAAAAGUUCAGCUGAAAGCACGAAUGGUGAGGAGACUGUUUCCGAAGCAGAAGCCUCCCUUGACCCACAAUUGGAACGUCAAGUUGAGACAAUCCGUAAUCUGGUUGAUUCAUAUAUGAAAAUUGUUACAAAAACAUUCCGCGAUCUAGUACCUAAAAUUAUCAUGCACCUAAUGAUUAACAAUGCCAAAGAUUUCAUCUACUCGGAGCUACUGGCAAACCUUUAUGCCGCUGGAGAUCAGUCAACCAUGAUGGAGGAAAGUCCCGAAGAGGAGAAACGGCGAAAUGAGUUGCUUAAAAUGUACCAUGGCUGUAAGGAAGCUCUUAAAACUAUUGGUGAUGUCUCAAUGGCAACCACUUACUCACCACCUCCACCACCAGUUAAAGAUGACUGGCUACGGGCAUCUCAACCUUCACCCACACCACCCUCUCCCGGCGGUGCUCCAAGAAACUCUUUUGUUGGCAAUAAACCACCCUCAGUUCAUCCACCUCCUGGGUCAACUAUAACAAGACCACCGCCUGCUCCUCCCGGACGACCAGCACCAACCAUACCUGGACGAGGUGCUCCAAGUGCACGAGGUGGGGUACUUCCACCCCCGCUCAUACCAUCUCGACAAGGUGGUCCUGCUGUACCAGCCAGGGUCCAACAGGCCGUUGGUCAGGCUGUAACCGAUACUUUGCUCGAUGCUUUCGGAAUGCCUGUUCACAAGUGAUCAUCAUUUCAUGUUUGUUGUUAAUCAAGAGAAAAAUAAAGAAAUUUAUCCAGAUAUUUAGAAGACUAAAAUUCAAGAUUGUGUAGUUUUGAUCUUCUUCUUCUUCUUCUUCUUCAUCUUCUUCUUCGUCCUUCUUUUCCUCUUCUCCCUUUUCUUGCUUUCAUCAUCUUUUAAUCAUCUUUCUCUCUAUCCUUUAAUUUAUAAUUUAUCAUUUAUAUUUUUCAUUAUUUAUCAUUUACAAUUUGAUCUACAACUUAAUUUUCAAUUUUUAUUUUGUUUCCUAUUUAGACGACCCGUACCAACAAUACCUCCUCGAAUUCCAGAUAGACCUAUUAUUCAAUCACAAGUUGUAUCACAAUUAAAGAGAAAUUAAUGUAUGAACAAUAAAAUGAUUUGUUGAGGAAUGGGUUGAUUCAAUUUAUGGACAAAUUAUUUUCAAUUGUUGUUCAGUUGUUGUUUAAAUUCCAUUUUUUAAUAAACUAACAAUUAUCUGUUAAAUAAAGUUAGUCAAAGUAAAUUAAAACAGCUGUUAACAAA